GAUCUACAGCUGUCCUCAGUGCAGACAGACCUUCACACCGAGGCCUGUCCUGAUGAAAAGCACCCUGUUAGCAGGUUUGGUGGAGGAACUGAAGAAGAGUGGACUCCAAGCUGCUCCUGAUGAUCCCUCUGAUGCUGGACCUGAAGAUGUGGCCUGUGACGUCUGCAGUGGGAGAAAACGGAAAGCUGUCAAGUCCUGUCUGGUCUGUUUGGCUUCUUACUGCCAGAUUCACCUCCAGCCUCAUUUUGAAUCACGUACAUUUAAGAAACACAAGCUGGAGGAGCCCUCCAAGAAGCUCCAGGAGAACAUCUGCUCUUGUCAUGAUGAGGUGAUGAAGAUCUUCUGCCGCACUGAUCAACAGUCUAUCUGUUACCUCUGCUCUUUGGAACAACACAAAGGUCACGACACAGUCUCAGCUGCAGCAGAAAGGACUAAGAGGCAGAAAGAUCUGGAGGAGAGUCGAGAAAACAUCCAGCAGAGAAUCCAGAACAGAGAAGCAGAUGUGAAGCUGCUCCAACAGGAGGUGGAGGCUAUCAACGGCUCUGCUGAUAAAGCUGUGGAGCACAGCCAGGACAUCUUCAGCCAGCUGAUCCGUCUGAUGGAGAAACGCCGCUCUGACGUGGAGCAGCAGGUCAGAUCCCAGCAGGAACGUGAAGUGAGUCGAGUCAAAGAGCUUCAGGACAAGCUGGAGCAGGAGAUCACUGAGCUGAAGAGGAAAGACGCUGAUCUGCAGAAGCUCUCACUCACAGAGGACCACAUUCAGUUUCUGCACAGCUACCCCUCACUGUCAGAACCAGGUCAACCUGCAGAUUCAUCCAGGAUCAACAUCCGUCCUCUGAGAUACUUUGAGGAGGUGACAGUAACUGUGUCAGAGGUCAGUGAUAAACUCUGGGAUCUUCUGACAGAGACAUGGACAUACGUCUCACAGGCAGUGACUGAAGUGGAUGUUUUACUGUCAGAACCAACACAACCAGAACCCAAGACCAGAGCUGGUUUCAUAAGAUAUUCACAAAGAAUCACACUGGAUCCAAACUCAGCAUACAGACAUAUGGUAUUAUCUGAUGGAAACAGAAGAGCAACAUGGAAACAACACCAAGAGUAUUACCCUGAACACCCGGACAGAUUCACUAGUUGCAAUCAGGCCCUGAGUAGAGAGAGUCUGACUGGACGUUCUUACUGGGAGGUGGAGCGGAGAGAGAAUGAUGUUGUUGUAGCAGUCGCAUACAAGACUAUCAGCAGAGCAGGGAGAUCAGAGGAUUGGAGAUUUGGAUACAAUGAAAAAUCUUGGAGGUUAAAUUUUUAUGACUACCGCUAUGAAUUUAUACACAACAAAGUCGUCACUUAUGUAUCAGGUCCAUGGUCCUCCAGAGUAGGAGUGUACCUGGAUCACAGAGCAGGUAUUCUGUCCUUCUACAGCGUCUCUAAAACCAUGACUCUCCUCCACAGAGUCCAGACCACAUUCACUGAACCACUACAUGCUGGACUGGGUAUAGGCACUAGAGCUUCUGCUGAUUUUAUUGAUGUAAAAUACACAGAAUAUUGAGUCAAUCAGACCAAAAACAUGUAAUGAGGUCAUUGAACUCUUGAAAUGUUCUGGUUUGUAAAUGUUUGUGGAUCAGUCUCACCAAAAACUCUGGGUUUAGUUCUUCAUUUCAGCUUUUUGAUUCUUUUCUAAAGAUGCUGAUUUGGUCGCAGCUUUAAGGACAGUGAUUGUGGAGAACUUUGAUUGUUUUCAUUUCUCAUUUUGAAAAAUCUUCAUAAAGUUUGAUAUCAACAACAUCAAGAUGAUCAUUUGUUCAAAUCACCUUCAGUUGGUGCAGAUUUUGAAGGUCUGAGACUUAAGAAAAAAGUGACGUCAAAAUAACAGAAAGAUGAAAAAGGACGACCUUAUUUCCUGUCCCAAAUCCAACCGUCUAAAGUCUUUCCAGUCGUCCCCAAAAACUCUUCAGAUGAUCUGUUUCUUUCUCUGUUUGCUGAAUAUUUGUGUUCAUGUGAUCGAUGGAUAUUUCUGUCUGCUUCUGUUGGAUCAGUGUGUUUGUAAAGACAUCUAUAAUGAGACUUUUGUCAGAUCUACAUGUUGUUAUGAGCUUUUCUAUCACUCUCAUAAUAAUCACAUUCAUUAGUCCGACUGUUUUUAUGUUUCUGACUCAGCUCAGAUUGUGGUCAAGUCUCUGAUUGUGGGUGAAAACAAUAAAAAUCAUCAAACUGAGUCACUGAAAACACCUCGCCUGUUUUUCUUUAUUUGGUCUGUUUCUGUUGGAUGUCAUGUUACCGGUCCGUCUGGGUCAUGGAUUCAUGUGGUCUGCAGGACUUCCAUCAUGUGUUCACUCACAGGUGUUCCAGGUCCCAGAUGUGAGUCCUGCAGCUGGAUCAGGUUUUCUGUAAAGGAGAGGGAAAAGACCGCUGAGAGGUUGUGUGUCUCUUUCUCUCAUUUCUGUCAGUCCAAACUUAAGAUAUAAAAAAAACUAGAGAUUUUGAUUUUAAAGACAAACUUUAUUCACAGUUAGUUAUAAAUAUUUACAGAGGAAAGAGAAAAAAAAACAAUGAACACUGAGUAUCAGGUGAACUUUUCUAAAUAUUGAAACAAAGGCUGAAAACCAGUUUCUCCUCCUGAACAGAGAAGAUGAUGUCUCUGUAAAACCACAUCAGACACAGUCUUGGAGAAGCUUAAGUCCACCUGCACUCUGGCUCUCACCUUCGACACAAACAUCUCAGUCACCUCUUAACUCAGCUGCCUUUUCUCCUCACAUAAAGAAACAGUUUUGUCUGUCCUGGUCAAGAUCUGUCCUGAAUAUCCAUCCGGGCCCCAUGAAUCAGAGGUUCCUCCAGCAGCCAGUGUCGGGACAAAGUGGGCUCCAGUCUCCAGGUUUUAGAAAGGCUCUGGUAAAAGGCAAACAGGUUAAAGAUGUUCAGACAGUCAGGGCCGAUUAAAAACAGGAGAUAAUCCAGUCUGGGUCUGUCCACGCUCUGUAAAAUACUGCUUGUAAUGGGUCUCGAGACCACAUCAGUUCGGCCGGUCAGGAACUUUUGUAUAAACUCCACAUACACCACAUAUAAACACACUGUCUGCUUGUUCACUGUCCUCCUCUGUGUGUGAAUCCUUCGUCUCCUUGUGUUUUUUUUUCCUCCCUGCCUUUUGUUCGAUUCUGCCUUUGGAUUUUUUAGUCGACCAUUUUAAAGAAAGUUUUUGUUGUUUCCUCAUUUAGUUCUUUUUAAAUAAAUACUUUGUUCUGCAUUUGGGUCCUUUUCUUUUGUUUAACCCUGGCUCGUGACAACAGUGAUAUUUGUAGACUAUUUACAUGUUGAUAUAUGCAGCAGAAAUAUUGCUCUGUGGAUCAUUUAUUAAGUCUCAGCACAGAGUUUCACUUUUAGGCAGCAAUUCUAACAGUCAGCAGCUCUCUGUCUCUGUCUCUCUCAUAUGUGGAGUGAGUGUUUAUAUGUGGUGUAUGUUUAAAUAUGUGUGGAUAUGAGGAUAAAACAGUGGAAGUGUUUCUGUGAUCGAUGAGGUUUAUAUGAGGGGAAUAAAUGUUGGUUCAGUUGAUCUUCAGGACCGCUGCAGCUUUAAUAAUUUCUGCUUGUCAGAGUUUGAGAGUCUAAAGUUCAGAUCGCUCCUCCUCUUCCUGGAAUGUAGUAAAGCUCGAUUUCCCCUCCCUCCUCUCUCACACAGCACUCUCCACUCUGCACACUCACUUCCUUGUCCCCUCCCCUUCAGAUCUACAGUUUGAGGUGGCUGUAACCUACGUGUGCUGAGCUGAUCCUGCUGACUCACACAUGUUGUUGAGAUCAGAGCUCAGACUAGUUUCACUUCUCAAGAAAAAGAAACUCAGUCAGUUGUCGACAGAAAGUGUUGAAAUGGCGCAGAGAGGAGUUCAGCUGGACCGUGAGUCUUUCUCUUGUUCCAUCUGUUUGGAUCUUCUGAAGGAUCCGGUGACUGUUUCCUGUGGACACAGCUUCUGCAUGAGCUGUAUUCAAACCUACUGGGAUAAAGAGGAUGAGAAGAAGAUCUACAGCUGUCCUCAGUGCAGACAGACCUACACACCGAGGCCUGUCCUGAUGAAAAGCACCCUGUUAGCAGGUUUGGUGGAGGAACUGAAGAAGAGCGGAUUCCAAGCUGCUCCUGAUGAUCCCUCUGAAGCUGGACCUGAAGAUGUGGCCUGUGACAUCUGCAGUGGGAGAAAACUGAAAGCUGUCAAGUCCUGUCUGGUCUGUUUGAUCUCAUUUUGUGAAAAACACCUCCAGCAUCAUUAUCAAUCUCCUGCCUAUGCAAAACACAAGCUGGUGGAGCCCUCCAAGAACCUUCACAAGAACAUCUGCUCUCUUCACGAUGAGGUGAUGAAGAUCUUCUGCCGCACUGAUCAACAGUCUAUCUGUCAUCUCUGCUGUUUGGACCAACACAAAGGUCACGACACAGUCUCAGCUGCAGCAGAAAGGACUGAGAGGCAGAAAGAUCUGGAGGAGAGUCGAGAAAACAUCCAGCAGAGAAUCCAGGACAGAGAAGAAGAUGUGAAGCUGCUCCAACAGGAGGUGGAGGCUAUCAACGGCUCUGCUGAUAAAGCUGUGGAGCACAGCCAGGAGAUCUUCAGCCAGGAGAUCUUCAGCCAGCUGAUCCGUCUCAUGGAGAAACGCCGCUCUGACGUGGAGCAGCAGGUCAGAUCCCAGCAGGAACGUGAAGUGAGUCGAGUCAAAGAGCUUCAGGAGAAGAUGGAGCAGGAGAUCACUGAGCUGAAGAGGAAAGACGCUGAUCUGCAGAAGCUCUCACUCACAGAGGACCACAACCAGUUUCUGCACAGCUACCCCUCACUGUCAGGACCGGGUCAACCUGCAGACUCAUCCAGGAUCAACAUCCGUCCUCUGAGAUACUUUGAGGAGGUGACAGCAGCUGUGUCAGAGGUCAGAGAGAAACUCCAGGAUCUUCUGACAGAGAUGUGGACAAAUGUCUCACAGGCAGUGACUGAAGUGGAUGUUUUACUGCCAGAACCAGAACCCAAGACCAGAGCUGAUUUCUUAAGAUUUUCGCAAAGAAUCACACUGGAUCCAAACACAGUAAACAGAUGGCUGAUAUUAUCUGAUAGAAACAGAAGAGCAACAAGGACAGAAAAACCACAGACUUAUCCUGAUCACCCGGACAGAUUCACUUAUUAUUGUCAGGUCCUGAGUAGAGAGAGUCUGACUGGACGUUGUUACUGGGAGGUGGACUGGAGAGGGACCAGGGUUUAUGUAACAGUCGCAUACAAGACUAUCAGGAGAGUAGGGGACUCAGAGGAUUGUAGAUUUGGAUACAACGACAAAUCUUGGAGGUUGGAGUGUUAUAAAGACAAAUAUCAAUUUAAGCACAACAAAGUCUCCAGUCCCGUCUCGGGUCCUCUGUCCUCCAGAGUAGGAGUGUACCUGGAUCACAGAGCAGGUAUUCUGUCCUUCUACAGCGUCUCUGAAACCAUGACUCUCCUCCACAGAGUCCAGACCACAUUCACUCAGCCGCUGCAUGCUGGACUGUGGGUAAACUCUGAAGCCUCUGCUGAGUUUAUUGAACUGAAAUAAACAGAAUUUUGAGUCAAUAAGACCAAAAACGUGUAUUGAUAUCAUUGAACUCUUGAAAUGUUCUGGUUUGUAAAUGUUUGUGGAUCAGUCUCACCAAAAACUCUGGGUUUAGUUCUUCAUUUCAGCUUUUUGAUUCUUUUCUAAAGAUGCUGAUUUGGUCGCAGCUUUAAGGACAGUGAUUGUGGAGAACUUUGAUUGUUAUCAUUUCUCAUUUUGAAAAAUCUUCAUAAAGUUUGAUAUCAACAACAUCAAGAUAGCUCACAGUGGACUGCUGUUGGUGUUUGAUGCCACUUAGCUAUGUUUAGAUCAGACUGUGGUUGUUUGUUGCACGAUGUGAAAAGACCAGCGACUAAUUUUUGCGCUACUGCAAAGUGAGUUUGAUUGGCUGCACUGUGAACUUUUGAUUGUAAAUUCAGCUGCUUUAGAAGAAAACCUGCACUUUCUUUCACUUUUAGUUUGCAUAGACCUUGAAAAAUAAACUCAGUCACAUCAACCAAAAUCUAAAGCAUCUGUAAAUUCAAUAAAGUUAUUACGGUUUUACAUGUUUAGAGUCUGUCUCACCCGACUGUUUCCAACCACCUGCAUGAACAAACCUGAGUGAAAGCUCUUCCUGUCA